UGAAUGAACUUUAAGUGUUAUGACAGUGUGAUAUAAAAAAAAAAAUUACAAGUAGAUAUGGUCGUUUUUAAUUUUAAAUAACCAUUAUAAUUCAAUAUGGCAAACACUAACCGUGAGCGAAAUAGCAAUCGAAAUUCUGUGGAAACAAUUCUUACAUUCGAAAAUAGAGAUAUUAGUCAAUGGUCCACGGUAUGGUCCACAAAUAACGUUCCGGGCAUGGAUAACGCCGCUGGUAGUGGCCCAAGCCGGCGGGUGACCGGUCGUCGCAGACUACGCACAGGCACACUAGCGCUUGGCGCAUUUCUUACCAUGCACUGUCGUGUUACUGCUUCUGCACUCACUGGAGGUUUUUUUGUGUUUAUGAUGUUUCUGAUUUUGUCGGUAAUAAUGCUGGCGAAUCCAUUGCGCCACUUUGAAAUAUAUCUCGGACAAUGGAGUAUUAGCGGCCCAGGACGUGCCUUUCGGAUAAUUCCUGUGCUCGAUGGAAUCGGCAUUGCAAUAUGUAUAAAUGCAGUGAUACGGGCCAUAACCUGUUGCACUAUUGCUGCUAUAUCAGCAAUAUAUGUUAUCCAUUCUGUAUCCGACGAUAAAUUACCUUUCACGUAUUGCAGAAAUUUCGAAUUAAAACCAUAUGAGCCAAUUUUAAAGAAUAUUAAAAGUUUGAGGUCGAAAGAGUCGAGAUUCUCACUGAAGACUGGUGUAUUUGAUGAUGAUGAUACAGAACUUGUCGGUACACGCUCCUCCACCGUAGGGCUCUACUAUCAUGCUUGGAGGAAUGUGUCUUAUAAAAGUCCAAGGAAGAGAACAAGAGAACAUGGGAGUCUACGUCCAAUAGAAAUGUGUAACGAGACAUAUUCUGGCAGUUAUCCUCCUUUGUACAGCACUCCUGCAUAUAAUUUUUUCUACGUGGAAGUAGUACAAUUGCGCAAAGAUUAUAACCUGGGACAAUUUAACAUCCCACUUGUUUUGAGCAUUAUCUUAACAUGGAUCGUAAUUUGGGUGUUAAUGAUAAGUGAACACAUAUCCCAUGGAAAAUUAAUCUGGAACAAUAUAUAUCAGUGGUUGGUGGUGGUGCCAUGGUGUUGGAUAGUAUUCCUAAUAAUUGCAGCUGUCACAAGUUUCCUUACGAUGGGAUCUACAAUACAUGAAGCCUUUCACAUUGGUGCUAAGGAAGUGUGGGCUGGUGUAUCUGAUGCCUUACAGGUAGCUCUAUAUAUACAUUCAGCAAGUGUUGGCACUGAAAUUAUCCUUGGGAAAGGCUUAAAUCAUUACGCAUCGGGCCAUAUCGAUCCACAACUGAACAAAGAAAAUGUAUGGCACUCUGGUCUUCUUUUGCUGUUGAUAACACUGCAGUCGGGCGGAGUCGCCGGUUGUGCGCUCGUUGAUUAUAUACAGCCUGACACGCAAGCUACCUAUGACAUGCAUGAAAGUACGAUGUGGGUAAUACCCAUGUAUUCUAAAUGUACUUCAUUUGGUAAUUAUUCGCAUUUUUUAUCGACUCUCGUAUUUGGAGGUCUAACAUUUUCUUAUAUGACAACUGCUUUUAUAUUGUUGAAAACAGCACUGCACACUAUUUUUGAGAUUAGAGUGAAAUUAAUUUUUAUAGAACAAUUUGUUGUUGGUGGUUUGAUAUUGAUUUGCAUGGGACUGAGUUUACCAUUUGCAACUAAUGGUGGAAUAAUUUUGUUGGAGAGCGUAGAUGCUAUAAUGACAGGGGUGGCGAUGCCGUUUGUUUGCUUGCUGGAAUUGGUGGCAUUACUCUACGUAUACGGCAGUCAUGAUUUUAUUUCUGAUAUGAACACCGCCACAGAAGAAAACGUAUGUUCUUCUCGUAUUGGCAGUCAAUGGAGAAUAAUACCAUUUAUUACUGUAAUUACGUUUGUGAUAAAAAUAUCUGUAUUGGUGAACUCCGAAUUGCCGGUAAAAUUCAUAUACUACGCGCUAGUGCCGUUAGCUGUUUUAGUGGUAGCAAUACCAUUGCGUGCCUGCCACAAUGCAUAUUUCUUCCUCGGUUCAACGCCUCAUAGAAGUACAUGA